AGCUGAGGGUCCACACACACACACACGGAGACAUGGGCGCAGUGUGAUUAUUUCUUUCAUGCUAAAAACUGUCGGAUUUCACUUUGCAGCAACACUGCGGUCUCUGCAGGACGGUUUCUCUCAUGUGUGGCUGAGUGUGUUUUCACAAAUGAGCAUGCUUUUAUCUUUGUCUUUGUUUGAUAUGAGACGGGAUUAAGAUCUCCGGAGCCCGCUUUAGUAAAGAGAGGCUAAUUUAGGUUGUAGCCGAACUUUUAAAGAAUCUGGGCAGGGAUGUCUUCGGCUCGGGUGGAUUACAUUGCGCCCUGGUGGACUUACUGGCUUCACAAUUUUCCUCAUAUCAACCUGAGGUUUCAGCCCAUUGACAACAGCUUCCAGCCCGAAGAAGAGAACUACCAGCAGUCGCUCAUAUUCCUGGGCUGUGUGGCGGCUGCGGGACUCGGUCUCAACCUGCUGUUACUCGCCAUCUACCUGAGCUGUUUGUGCUGCUGCCACAAAGAUGAAGAGGAGGAGAGCAAAAAGCCCAACUCCUGCUGCGUCACCUGGUCCGCCGUCGCUGCUGGCCUCAUCACAUGCAUUGCAGUGGGUGUGGGUUUCUACGGCAACAGUGAGACCAAUGACGGCGUGUACCAGUUGACCUACUCCCUGUACAACGCCAAUCACACCCUGGGCGGUGUGGACAGUCUGGUGACUGGCACCAUGGGCAGCAUGAAGAGCGGCCUGCACCAGCACCUUGCCAGGCUGGACGAGAUCUUUGCCACGCGGGGCGACUACGUGCAGACCCUGCAGUUCAUGCAGCAGAUGGCUGACAACGUGAUUAAACAGCUGCUGGGCCUGCCUGACUGGGAGGAGGCUAAAGUGGACCUCGCAUCCAUCGCUGAUCAAACUGCAAGCAUAGAGUACUACAGGUGGCUCACCUACCUGCUGAUCCUCAUCCUGGACCUGAUCAUCUGCCUGCUGGCCUGCUUGGGGCUGGCCAAGCAGUCUCGCUGGCUGCUCACAACGAUGAUGGUGUUUGGAGUGCUGACGCUGGUCCUGAGCUGGACUUCUCUAGGCGCUGACCUGGCUACUGCUGUGGGCACAAGUGAUUUCUGCGUGUCCCCUGACAAGUACCUCAUUAGCCAGACAAAGGGUGUCAUCGGUACAGAUAUUGUUCAUUACUACCUUUACUGCAACCAGACUCUCUCCAACCCCUUCCAGCAGCCUCUGACCAUCUUCCAGAGGUCCCUGACCACCAUGCAAAUACAGAUCCAGGGUCUGCUGCAGUUUGCCGUGCCUCUCUUUCCUACAGCUGAGAGAGACCUGCUGGGUAUCCAGCAUGUGCUCAACUCCUCGGAGGCCAGUCUGCACCAGCUGACCGCCCUGUUGGACUGCAGGGGGCUGAACAAGGACUACCUGGAUGCAAUGGUGGGGGUGUGCUAUGACGGGGUGGAGGGUGUACUCUACCUCUGUCUGUUCUCCACCCUGGCAGCCUGUGCCUUCACCGUCAUGCUAUGUGCCAUUCCCAGGGCUUGGAGACAAAUUGCCUGCAGGGAACGAGAUUAUGACGACAUCGAUGAGGAGGAUCCAUUUAACCCGCGGGCGAGGAGGAUAGCCUCUCAGAACCCUAACCUCACCAACAUGCACAGCUUCUGCAGCUACAGCAGCAGCAUGGGCAGCCAGAACAGCAUACACCCGCCCGCCCCGGCUGUCUCCAACGCCCCUGUGUCUGAGUACAUGAACCAGACGGCUCUGUUCGGGGGAAAUCCGCGAUACGAGAAUGUGCCUCUGAUAGGACGAGGCUCUCCACCCCCCUCGAUAUACUCUCAGCAGUAUAGAAACCGAUACUCCCCCAGUAUGCGGGCCACCUAUCUAUCCAUGACCGAGGAACAGAUAAGACACUUUGGGAACGACUUCCAAGCAUAGACUUCUUUAUCUGACCGAGGAGGGAAACAGCAUCGCAAAGAGUGUGUGGUUACUCCAAGCAUCACAGAGGGCAGUGUGUAACAUCUCGUCAGUCCAGGACUCCAGGCUGUGCAGUCUCAGGACAAUGCAGCCAUAUCGGUACUCUUCUCUGUGCUCAUAAAUGAUUAAUCACACUUGUCCGCCCCAAGGCAUCUUUUGGGGAACUUGCUAAAUAGUUCUAACACGUGCUGUCAGAAAUAUUUAGCAACCUGCUCGGACCUAACCUGCUCUUAGUAUGUAGUGUUCGUCAUGCUGUGUCAUCUAUUGGUGAAGCAUUGAGGGAAGAUUUGACUGUCUUUAUGCACCUGAGCUCUUCAGGUAAAACACGACUAAACAUAACUUUGAUGAAACAGGGGAUAGAAGCAAUUUUGAGGAUUAAUUUCUCACUGCAGUAAAACAUAGCAACAUGCUCACAAUAAUGUAAAAAACAAACAAACAAAAAACAUUCAAGUGAUUCGUCUAUCCUGUAUUUUUUACAUUGCAAAACUUACAGGUCUCCAAAGAGAAAAAUGUGAACACGACAGCUGAUGUUAACAUAUCAUUUUCUAUGUCAUCUUCAUGCUUGAUAUUUGUGAAGCACAAACCCAGCACUGGCAGCACAAAGCAGGAGGUAUUGUUGAGGUAUAAUUUAUUUGCAUUCACACAGAGACACGCCUGCAAGUGAAGCUUUACGUUUCUACAUCUCCUGGAGACGAGACUACCGUGAGAACGCGACUACUGUACAUAAGUUGUACAAUAACAGACGGGUGUCUCAUUCUGAUGUGGUUUAUUUUGAUUUUGCUUAAACAAUGUGCUAACUUUUAUAUGUUUUUGCUAGUUUUGUGUGGCGAUGUCACAUAAAUCACUAUUUUUUGUGUACAUUCUAAAGGGCCAUUAAUUCAUGUUCUCUACAUGUCUAAUCCAUCUAAUACAAUAAAGUUGUAGUUUCUGUCAUUACUUGGGAAGCUGUGCUGCUCUAACCAUGAUUAAUGAGAAUAUUCAGGUAAUUAUUUUCAUCUAUUCAAACCAUCCAAACAGUACAUGUUUGUAUUGCCUAACCAUAAUUUUCUGUAGGGAUUUCAUACAUGCAGUUUUGUUUAAUAAUUAUUUUGGUAAGUGUCAUUUCUUUAAUUAAGCAUGUUACAUUGUACAGGCACUGAAAAUGGUGCUUAAUUUUGUGUGUGACCCCACAACUACGGGGUCUAAUUGUGAGUUGAAUAAAUCAAUUUUGAGUACAA